AUGGCUUCAAUGUUUUCCCUCCUUAUAUCUUUUUCUACUGCAGUUUGUUAUCCACAGACUACUGGUUGGUACUACAACCAGCUAAAUGAACUGCAGAAACCAUACUACGAAGCGUUACAAGUGUGGUGCAAAGAGGGGAAUUUACCAAACGGUAAUAAUACCAUGUUCCUAACAUCAGACACUCGCCUUACAAAUAAAGUCAAACAAUCCGUCGUUCAAGCUUAUUCUACAGGUUCAAAUUCUGAAAUGCUAGAACAUUUUAGACUAGGCAUGAAGGCAUUUGAACUAGAGCAUCCAGAAGUAUUUUACGUUGAUUAUUCCAAAAUUAGCUUCAAAGUUUCAAAAACAACUACUAAUCUUUACACAGUUUUAUUCGGAUCCGUCACAACACCAUCUUAUUUAAUCAACAAUCUCACAGACGUCGAUGAUCUCAUAGAAACAUUUAAUACAUCAGUUAAUAACUAUAUCUCAAACGUAAACUCAAAUAUCGAAUUGAACAAUAAGAUUGGUGAUACAUACAAUAGAAUCGGCGCUGUAGAUACAAAUGUAAUCAACUAUUUGGAUUCACAAUACGGACUAUGGAUAAACUCUGCUUUUGGCGCUAUCGUUUACAAUAAAGCGACAGCCAUUGGCAUAGCGAAAGCGUAUAGUUUAUAUCUUACUCUCCUUAAAGUACCGAACGUUCUCUGCGAAGGAACAGCCAAAAUCGACGGGAACCUUAAAGCUCAUUCUUGGAUUGUUUUGCAGAUCAACAACAAGCUUUAUCUAUCAGAUCCAGUCAUAAAAAUUAUGUUCGGCACUUCUUCAGACUUUGAAGAGAAAAACUACGGCGGUUCAGUCGAUUUUGAUCUCCCUGUCACUACAUUGACAUUUAAUGACUUCAAAUACUUCGAAAUGCCAAACAUGAUUGGAAUUACAUACCAUGACUACACCUCCAGUGAGAUGGAAGCUCACAAUUUGCUUCUUGUCUACAGAGUCUUCACAACGAGUUCCGCCGGCCAGUGGAUGCCUGUUCAAUACUUACCAUCGAGCAAUGUAUAUUACGUGCUUUUACUCAACCUUGAUUUCAUGGCCCUUCAAUUCGGCAUUUUACCGAAAUCGAAGACCACUUCAUAUGAAGACAGGGCUACAUCGAACCAGGACGUAUACAGAAGAUCGCCACUCAUAUGGUCAACCACAGCAACUUCGAAAGUCCACAAUUUCAACAUUGACGUUGCAAAUGUCUAUCCUAUGUACUCCAUUGACCGUGCAUCCAACACCUACCUACUCGACUACAACUACACUUUCUGCUUCCAGCUCUCAGAGAAGUACCAGCUCGUAGACAGCAAAUCUCCCAUCCAAAUCAACGUCAGCAGGACUGUGAAUGGCGAGACAAAGUACGAACUCAUCAAUACUACUGGCGAUGGAGUAAUAAACAUCAGAUUCAACUUCAAAUCAUUCCAAGAAGAUUCGCAGGAAUCGCAGGUUAUCUACUCCUUUGACAUCGCGAACGUGGUCGGACUUUACAACGCGAGGAAGUUCACCGGCCGGAAGCUCACUUUUUGCCAGAACCAGGCUUAUUUCGGUUCAUCCUUCGUGUCAUCUUCCGCUGUGCUUCCUGUUUCCGAUUUCCCAGCCUUGCUUGUCGACAACAACGCUAAUGUCACAAGGUGCAAGCUCAACGGCAAGAACUUCAACGCUUAUAAUCCAAAUGACAUCAAAUUAGUCACAAACAUCGAUGGUAGCAAGUACGACAUCUCGCUCCAGUUCGUCGGCCAGAGCGCAGAACUCAGCGAAGGCCAGAAAGUAACAGUCCAAGUACCAUUCCCAGCUGAUUACAACGCUUCCAGUCCAAAGAAGUACAUAGUAAAGCACACAGUUAACGGUGUAAACGAGACUAUCGUUCCGGCCAAUCUUCCAACUGGUCUUUUAAUUUCGGUUUCAUCCUUCAGUCCAUUUUACGUCGAAGAGGCAUCAAAACCCGAGGAAGUGUCUCUAUAUGUUAAGACCGACAAUGGAGAAGUCCACGUUUACAGGCAGAACUCAGAUGAAGACAUUGUCAACAAAGUUUUGUCUCUUCCAUCGAAUACGGACCUUUCCUUCGACAUAAAGAUCAGCGACAACUCCACCGCCAUCAACAAAGUCUUCUUCAACGGCGAAAUCAUUCAGGUCAAAAACGAUCAAAUCCAAGUUGUCCUCAAGAACGCUUCGAAUGUCAUAGAGAUAUUUACUUCCACUAAGAAGAUAGUCGCAAUGGAACAGGCGUUGAACCUUACUUCAGUGUUCGUUACUUCAAAUCUGAUUUCGAACGCCCUUGCAGCCAAAACUCCGAUAUCUAACCUUGACGCGGAUGAACCAGUCUGGCCUCCGAUAUUCCAGGAGUACUCAAACGGUUCGAAAUCCCCAGUUUUCGUAACAAAUCCGCCAUCAAAGUCAGAUUCAACAUCGCCACCAGCCGUUAUCACUCCAAUUGUUGACAACCCUACUGAACCAGCGAGUUCAGACAGCGACCCAUCAAAGAAGAUGUCUAAACCAGCUUAUGUCGCACUUUUGUUCUGUUCUGUCCUUGCUUUCUGUUUCGUGGUCAUCGCGAUCUUCUUCAUCGGAAAGACAAGGUCAGACAUCAAGAGAAUGGACAAGAACAUCCUCGGUCUCGAUUCCAGUGAAGAUGAUGACAACAACACAACAUCUAGUUACAUUGAUGAGAAAGAGACCCCACUUUAA